UGGCGAAAUAAUCAAAAAACAAAGACAGAUCUAUGCAAUGGACAAAGAGCAAUAGCCUGGUCUUGCUCGAAAAAUAAUCUACAGUGAUCUGUAGGACCGACGUCGAGGAAGUUCUUCUGUUACUUUAGCAUUCUCUUAAUCGUGGCCGAACAUACAUUUUUGAUGAGGCGCGCCUAGAUCGUCCGAUUGAGGUAAUUACGGAGGAUAUGGUCAAUAAUAUCCAUGAUAUCGUGUUAGCAGACCGCCAGGUAAAGAUCAGAAAAAUUGCCAACAUUGUAAAGAUCUCAACUGAACGCAUACAAAAUGUCCUACGCGAAACAUUGCAUGAGAAAGCUAUCGGCGAGAUAGGUGCCGCGUUUACAGUGAAACAAAAACGGAAUCGCAUGACAACUUCAAAGCACUGUUUGGACAUGUUUAAGCACAAUCCAAAAGAGUUUCUACGGCAUUUCGUCACUGUUUAUGAAACAUGGAUCCACCAUUACACACCAGAAACGAAAGAACAGUCUAAACAGUGGACUAAAUCCGGCGAAUCUGUUCCAAAGAAGGCAAAAACGAUUCCAUCGGCCGGAAAGAUUAUAGCCACCAUUUUUUGGAAUUCACGAGGCACCGAUUAUUUGUAGAAAGGAAGGACAAUCACGGGACAGUAUUAUGCUUAUUGGACCGAUUCGCCGCUGAAUUGAAGAAAAAACGGCUUCAUUUAGCGAAAAAGUGCUUUUUCACCAUGAUAACGCAUCAGCUCAUUCGUCCACAAUCGCCAUAGCAAAACUGGUUGAAUUACGCUAAGAAUUGUUGUCUCAUCCAUCCUAUUGUUUGUUUUCUGUUCCUGAACUCCCUGAAUUAGUGUGCACUUAAAGUGAAAUAGAUAUAUAUUUGAAAGUUAGUGAAAAUAAGAAGGAACGUUCCAGUGCAGUCUAGUGCAGGAAUAGAAAACAAGCCUCUAUUCUCUAGAUUUGGCCCCCUGCGAUUUUUAUUUAUUUCCAAAUAUGGCUUGACGAAAAGCGCUUUGCAUCAAAUGAGGAAGUCAUCGCCAAAAUAGAAGUUUAUUUUAAGGAGUUCGACUAAUCAUAUUUAAACGGUAUAAAAAUGUUGAAAUAUCGUUGGGCUAAAUGUAUCAAGCUGAAAGGAGAUUAUGUAGAAAAAUAAGUAAAAAAUUCUUUUUUAAGUGUUUUCUUCUCUAACAUGGAUAUUUAUCAAACAGCCCUCAUAUGUACUUACGGUAUGUACUUAAUUCUAAUCGGAAUCAACAAUGUGACCAACAGUAAGGCUUUAAUGGCUUUUGGUAAUACUGUUGAUCGUUCUUACUCUAUAAUUUCUUCAUAAUAUUUGUAUCUCUGUGUAAAAUACAUUCUAAAUACGUACAAUGUAUUUCAUACAGAGGUAUUAUAUAUCACCCAAAAGUACAAAUAUCAUGAAAAAAUUAUCAAAAGCUAUUUAAGUCUUACUGUUGGUCACACUGUUGAUUCCGAUUAAAAUUAAUCGGAGUUGGUUGAAGUGGCUUGCUAAAUCAAUACAAAAAGAUUUUAUGAAAAUUUAUCCGUAAGUAUGUGUAUAAUAGUGAAGUAACAGUAUGUAACGAUGUAUUAAUAUUUUGUAAACCGUACGUGUGUAUUGUACGUAUGUAUUGUAAAUUGUAUGUAUGUAAAUCGUUAUUCAGUCGGUAAAAUUCACGACUUUAAGAUUCUCUUAAUUGAGGCAAGUUAAAUGAAAAUGGAAAAAAAA